AUGACUCACCUGGUCACUCGUACUCAACUCGCUCGACUCGCUCCUUUCAUUCAUCGCUCCAAAUCAUCACUCAGAAAAACCAUCUCGCUUCCCCAAACCAUCACCUUACCCCAAUUCUCAACCACAACCGGUCUCAAACUCCGCCGAAAACACUCACCGGCAAUGGAUGCACAACCACCGGAAUCCCACACUCCCGCUGUUGAGGGAGAAGAAUUCGUCCACAUCCACGAUCUGAAAAUGGAGAGCUUGUCUGAUAGCAUGGUUCGAAUUGAUCAUUCCUCUGAUGCCGUCGAUGCAGCUUCGUCUGCUCCUGAAGAAGCCUCGGUGGAUGUAGAUCGCACCCCGGUUGCGCUUCCGGAGGAACUCUCGAGAAAUGUGAUCGUGUUGACGUGUGAGUCCUCCGCUGAGGGCGGUGUUUGCGAUGUUUACUUGGUCGGUACCGCUCAUGUCUCGGAGGAAUCAAGCAGAGAAGUUCAAGCUAUUGUCAGUUUACUGAAACCAGAGGCUGUCUUCCUCGAAUUGUGCUCGAGUCGCGUGUCAAUUCUUACCCUUCAAAAUCUUAAGGUACCUACUAUGAGAGAAAUGAUUGAAAAUUUGAAGAAAAAACAGAACAUGUUCGGAGUAAUCUAUGGUUGGUUCCUAGCCAAGGUUGCCAGUAAGCUUGAGGUCUUUCCUGGCUCUGAGUUUCGUGUUGCAUAUGAAGAAGCAAUCAAGUAUGGCGGCAGGGUGAUACUCGGCGACCGCCCUGUACAGAUUACAUUGAAGAGAACAUGGAGUAAGAUGCCACUUUGGUACAAGACAAAAUUGGUGUACUCUUUACUUUUCCAAGCAGUAUUUUUACCCAGCUCGGAUGAUCUUAAUAAGAUGCUAAAGGAAAUGGAUGACAGUGACAUGCUAACUCUGGUUAUUCAAGAAAUGAGUAAGGAGUUUCCAACUUUAAUGGAGACCCUUGUCCAUGAACGAGAUCAGUACAUGUCCUCCACAUUAUUAAAAGUGGCAAAUGAGAGCAGAUCAGUUGUUGCUGUUGUUGGAAAAGGGCAUCUUCAAGGAAUAAAGAAGAAUUGGAAGCAACCUGUCGUGAUGAAGGAUCUCCUGACAGUUCCAUCUCCCAAACCGGCUAUCUCUGCAAUGAGAGUCUUAACAUCUGUCGGUGUUGGCGUGGCUGGCGUGGCCAUAAUAUCGGGCAUCUAUCUCUCAUGCAAGAAAUGA